AAACUCCACGAAUUCGAAAAGAAAACAUAAACAACAAAAGAAUUAAGAAGUUUUAAAACUAAAACUUCUCUUCCUCAAGGAUGGCGAGAAGUAAAGAUGCGACUUCUUUGGGUUCAGUGGACGAAGUUCGCAAAGUGUUCAACAAGUUCGACAAGAACGGCGACGGAAGAAUCUCCACCGACGAACUCAAGGACAUCCUCCGUGCGCUUGGAUCCAAGACUUCGCCGGAGGAGGUCCAACGCGUAAUGCAAGAGAUUGAUAAGGAUGGCGAUGGCUACAUUGAUUUCGACGAGUUCGUUGAGUUUCAUAGCGGCGGAGCCUCGGCCGGCGGCGACGGUUCGAAGGAGUUGAAGGACGCCUUUGAUCUAUUUGAUGUUGACAAGAACGGUUUGAUAUCAGUCGGUGAGUUGCAUUCGGUGUUGAAGAAACUUGGAGAAAAGUGUUCGAUGAGUGAUUGCACUAAGAUGAUUAAACAGGUGGAUGCCGACGGUGAUGGCCAUGUUAACUUUGAGGAGUUUAAGAAGAUGAUGACUCGCGCCUAAUAGCCAAACGCACGAAGUCUGAGCCCUGGGGCAUCGUUCUUGGUCCAUGGUCUCUUAUUCUUAAUUGAUGGAGAUUUCUUGUUGCAAAGGAAAAUGUCAAUGUCAAAUGCUUUGGUUGGUAUCAGUGAUUGUAACUGAUGUUAUAUCAUCCCCUGUAAAACGUUUUCUAUAGUAUCCGUAUCCUGGAUUUUCUUA